GGUCCACCCGGUGAAGCGAGUUGCAUCCCGAACAGGGCGUUCCAUUCGUGUGGGCGAUCGGGUGGUAAAGGCUUUCGACACCGGGGGAGCCCAACGGCACUAUCAUUCCAAGGUUCGCCUCCGCUCGUGCAGACGUGCAGAGCGAUUUUUCCAGAAGUGUGGUGCUAGAUAGCAAACCGGAGAGUGAAGUGUGAAAAACGGCAGCCAUUUGUGGCUAGGACUGGAAACCGACCGAAUUGUAUUCUCAAUAAACUGUGAAUUUUAGCCGGCUAGUGAAAAACAGCUUACCCAUUUUCGGUAAAUCCUACGAGUAACUGUGUGAACAAACGCGCAGGGCCGGACCAGAUCUCCAGUUAGUGUCGUUUCCGUUGAAUAAAGCAGCAGCAGCAGCAUGGGUAAGGAGAAGAUUCAUAUUAACAUCGUCGUCAUUGGACACGUCGAUUCCGGCAAGUCCACGACGACCGGUCAUCUGAUCUACAAGUGCGGUGGUAUCGACAAGCGUACCAUCGAGAAGUUCGAGAAGGAAGCCCAGGAGAUGGGCAAGGGCUCGUUCAAGUACGCCUGGGUCUUGGACAAGCUGAAGGCCGAACGUGAGCGUGGUAUCACCAUCGAUAUCGCCUUGUGGAAGUUCGAAACCGCCAAGUACUACGUCACCAUCAUCGAUGCCCCUGGACAUCGUGAUUUCAUCAAGAACAUGAUCACCGGAACAUCGCAGGCUGAUUGUGCCGUGCUGAUCGUUGCCGCCGGUACUGGUGAGUUCGAGGCCGGUAUCUCCAAGAACGGCCAAACCCGCGAGCACGCCCUGCUGGCCUUCACCCUGGGUGUCAAGCAGCUGAUCGUUGGCGUCAACAAGAUGGACUCCACCGAACCUCCGUACCACGAGGCUCGCUUCGAGGAAAUCAAGAAGGAAGUCUCGUCCUACAUUAAGAAGAUCGGUUACAACCCGGCCUCGGUUGCGUUCGUUCCGAUCUCCGGCUGGCACGGUGAUAACAUGCUCGAACCAUCCGACAAGAUGCCGUGGUUCAAGGGAUGGGCCAUCGAGCGCAAGGAAGGCAAAGCUGAAGGCAAGUGCCUGAUCGAGGCACUCGAUAACAUUCUGCCCCCGUCGCGCCCUACCGACAAGGCUCUGCGUCUGCCCCUGCAGGACGUAUACAAAAUCGGCGGUAUCGGAACGGUACCGGUCGGUCGUGUCGAAACCGGCAUCCUGAAGCCAGGUAUGGUGGUUGUAUUCGCCCCGGUCAACAUCACCACUGAGGUUAAGUCGGUCGAGAUGCAUCACGAGGCGCUGCAGGAGGCCCUGCCCGGCGACAACGUUGGCUUCAACGUCAAGAACGUCUCGGUCAAGGAGUUGCGCCGCGGUUACGUCGCCGGCGAUUCCAAGGCCAGCCCACCUAAGGGUGCCGCCGAUUUUACCGCUCAGGUCAUUGUCCUGAACCACCCGGGCCAGAUCGCCAACGGUUACACCCCGGUGCUGGAUUGCCACACCGCCCACAUUGCGUGCAAGUUCGCCGAGAUCAAGGAGAAGUGCGACCGUCGUUCCGGCAAGGUCACCGAAGAGAAUCCCAAAUCCAUCAAGUCCGGCGAUGCGGCCAUCGUCAACCUGGUGCCAAGCAAGCCACUGUGCGUCGAAAGUUUCCAGGAGUUCCCACCGUUGGGACGUUUCGCCGUACGUGACAUGCGUCAGACCGUGGCCGUCGGUGUCAUCAAAUCGGUGAACUUCAAAGAAGCCACCGGGGGUAAAGUAACCAAAGCCGCCGAGAAGGCCCAGAAGAAGAAAUAACUAGAGACACAGGAACACCGGAAUACAGUAGUAGCGGUAGCCAACAGCACUGCUAGCAGCAACAACAACAGCAACAGCAUCACUAAUUUUACCACUACUACUACAAAAAAUAAACCAAACCAAUUCUCAACAUUAUUAUUAUUGAAUAAUGAUGCCCGAAUGUGGACUUUUAUUGACUGUGCAGUCCGGUCGGCGGUUGCCUUCAAUAGAAAUCAUCCAUUAUUAUUAAAUAAUAAUUUAAGAAAUAAUAUUAAUCGUAAACUACAACUUAAUAGUAAUCGUAAUAAUUUAAAGAAAAACACUGACAAAAAAAUUCAGGCCGGCUGGUGCAUAGAGGAUUUUAUUGGUAACUACUUUGCGAACACAACCACAGCAGAAACAGGAACACGUUCAUCAUCACCACCAUUACCAUCAUCCACCCUAUUGUCUUGCUUCAAUCAGCUGACUUCAAUGUCGGUCCUCGCCUCCAACAGCAGCAUCAGCAGCAAUGAUCACUAUCCAUCUCCAUCGUCAGCAUCAUCUGCUAAGAAGACUAAUUUAUUUUACCACCAUAGAAAGGCAUUUCGAAGGAAAGAAGACAGCGGCACCAUUGUCGCCAACAUUACCAUUGCGAUCUUAUCCGUUGAGUAUCUUCUUCUCUCCAUCAUUUCCAACGCUCUCAAGAUCCUCACUCUCAUCACCACCAUCACCACCACCACUACUACUUCUAGUUUAGUUGGUUCUACUAAUUUCGCGACCGCUUGGUCAUGAUACGAUCGUUUAAUACCAAAGAUUUUGGAAUGAUUUUUAACGUUUAAGUCUCACUUUACUAUGUUUAGGCGUAUUAGUUCUAUGUAGUGUUUAACAAAAGACAUCAUCUACUCUAUGUUCCACUGAGUGAUCAUUUGCUGAUGAGAAACCCAAAGAACAGAGAGAGAGAACUGAAUAAAGAGUGAUCCAUCACACGGAGAGACGGACAAGGAAAUUGGCUGAUUGUUUUUUGCAAACUAUACCGAUUUGUGAUAUCUGACUUUUUUUUAUUUCCGAUAAGAACUCAUGUUUUACCCAAUGAUUUUCAAACUGAGAUGAAUCUGAAGCAUAAAAGACAUCCGUUCCCCUCUUGCAUUCGCAAAAACUUCACAAAAGAGAAAAAGAUCAUGUGCUGCGUUAGAUGUGGCUUUGCGAACUCGGUGUCUCUCUGGAUUCCACGCACAUUUUAUGCCCAGUGUUUAGUGUAGUGUGCAAUGUGCCAUUCUGGACUGCCAGUUUCAGAACCUGGUACGAAUUCCUUCAUCAUUCACGCUCGCAUCACACAAUACAGACACAAAAAUACACUCACACACAUACGAACGAACGGAGGGGUGGAAUUUCAUGACAAAAAAAAAUCAGAACCAUUCGCAUAUGGAUGUAGCAAUGUGCAAGCAAGCAUACUAAAUGGAGAAAAAACAGUAAUACUGAUAAAACUGGGAAAAAUUGCCAAUAAAAAUCAAGACAAGGCUUGAAAAAG